AUGGCGGACCCUCGAGUCCUGAACAUGGGCCAGUUCACCCCGACAACCCAUUCAACCAUCUGCCCAGCCCUCGAAGCAUCAGCCAACAGACUCUCCGCCCCCUUUGCCGCAUGCAUUAUUGGCGCCUCAGGCGUGAUUGGGGCCGGCGUCGCCCGUGCUUACGCCCGUGCAGGCUGUACCGAUCUGAUUCUCGCUGCUCGAGACGUGGAGGCGCUGGCCUCAGUAUCGUCGUCAAUCCUCUCCUUAUCUCAUACAGACUCUGAUCCUCCUCCUCCUCCUCCUCCCCGGAUUCACCUCCGCCACUGCGAUAUUGCCGAUCACGACUCUGUCCGCGCCCUAGCCGAGUUUGCAGCCUCAAAGAUUGUGCCGCACCUCGAUGCCGUCGUUCUGGUCAGUGGCAUCUCCGGCCCCGUCCAGCUGCGCAUCACCGACGGCUCCCCGGCUGACGGGGAGUGGGCGCGUGUGUUUGCCACAAAUACUCUAGGAACAUACCAUGUCGCCCACUACUUUGUGCCGUUGCUGCUGGCGUCUCCCACCAAGGCCUUCGUAGUGGUCGGGUCCUUGGCGGCCUGUAUCACUCGCGGAAUGAUUGCCAAUACGAAAUACUGCGUCAGUAAGAUGGCCCAGGCCCGGAUCGUGGAAUGUCUCGCCCAGCAGUUCAGCGAGGAAGGCUUGUUGGCGCUGGCUGUUCACCCAGGGGCAGUCGAGAGUAAAAAUGCGUUGGAAACCGCGCCCAAGGAGUUCCUCCAGUACCUCACCGAUGACGCAGAGCUCUGUGGCGCAUUCUGCGUCUGGGUGACCAGGGAUCCCCGCCGGUUGAACUGGUUGAACGGCCGACUGGUGAGUGCCAAGUGGGAUCCAGACGAGCUGCUCGCCAAGAAAGAAGAUAUCAUCCAGGGGGAUCUAUUGAAGUUCGAGGCCAAGACGACCGUCGAUAGAGAGACUUAA